UUUCUUUAACGUGAAAGAUUUGUAAUCAGUCAAGAGAUGGAAAGCAAAACUGUGAUUUUAAGUGUGCUGUUCGUGAUGAGUCUGAUCAUGGCGCAAACUCAAGUAGAUGCGAUGAGCUGCUGCCGGGAUGCUACAAGUAGAACCCUCUAUGACACUUGCCGUUUCACGACAACUUCAGCAGCCACAUGUGCAUCAAUCUUUGGAUGCUUAAUCGUUGACAAUACAUGUCCUCCGGACUACCCAUAUUGGGGUUAUGAUCUUCUCGAAAACUCUGCUGGUGCUAUCAAUGAAUACUGCAAUUUGGGGUGUGUCUCCUCUGCGUGUGGUGCCUUAACUACACUCCGGAACUCCGACCCAAAUGCAAUUGUGAAUGGAGCGUUUGAACAAUGUGCAAAGGCAUGUUCCACCUUCUGUACUAAGGGCUCUAUGACAGCAGUUGAAGCUGCCUAAAUAAGCAAAUCGACGAUCUGAUUGUUGUUUUUCUUAUUUUCAAUAACUAUUUGGUAUCCGAAGAAAAUAAUAAUGCUAUACUCUAGUGCUAGUAUAUCUGAAUAAGUUAAUGUUUCGUUAUGUGUCGUGGAAACUAGAAAGUCGUUGAUCGUAGAUUGUAUAUGCAAUCUGCAAUCUGCAAUCUGCUUAGGGCUAGUACUUGCUAUUGUAUAAUAUAAAUAAAGAAUAGUGCGUCCCUUUUCACGACUA